AUGGAUGAUAUUGCCAUCUCCUUCGGGGUUGUGAUGCUGUUACAGAUCACCGUUGGGAUUAUAGUGAAUGUAAUUCUCCUCCUAUUUUAUAUCCGCAUGGUGUCCAUCAGUCCUGUGGUCAGCUCCUCAGAUUUGAUUUUCAGUCACCUGACUUUGGCCAACACCAUAAUUCUCCUUUCCAUUGGAAUCCCAGAGACCAUGUCAGCCUGGGGACAGAGAAAUUUCCUGGAUGACAUUGGAUGUAAAAUCCUUAUGUAUCUUUACCGAGUAGCCCGAGGUCUUGCCAUCUGCACGACCUGCCUCCUAAGCGUGUUCCAGGCCAUCACCAUCAGCCCCGGCACCUCCCGCUGGGCCCGAAUUAAAGCCAAAUUACCUAAGUGCAUCAUUCCCUCCUGCCUCCUAUCCUGGAUUCUCAAUCUGCUAAUAGAGCUGAGUAUGCCAAUACACAUGAAAGGCCCCCAGAACAGUAGCCUUGUCCGAAUCAUGCUAGACCUCAAAUACUGCACAAAAGUAGGUGUCAGUACAGAAUCCACUCUGGUAAUCACGGUCGUGCUCUCCCUGAGGGAUCUGUUCUUCGUACUGCUCAUGAGUGUGGCCAGUGGCUACAUUGUGUUUAUCCUGUACAGGCACCACCAACGGGUCCUGCACCUGCACGGACCCGGCCGCUCCCCUGGGGAGAUGCCCGAGGUCAGAGCGGCCAAGAGGGUCAUCGCCCUUGUCGCUCUCUACAUCCUCUUUUACGUGCGACAGUCAAUCAUGCUGAGUGUUAUAUUCAGCGUGAAGGAAAAGUCGUCUCUGCUGGUGAAUUGCCAAAUGAUGUUAGGGUUCGCCUUUCCAGUCAUUUGUCCAUUUUUGAUCAUUCACAGUGACAGGAGAAUAAAGGCAAUCUGCUUCCAAGGAAGAUUUUCCAUAGAUUCCUAG